UAACGUUACAAAAUUUCAUUCGCAUUUAUUUUAGUUUUCGCAAUGCUGCCGCUAGCUCAGACAUCGAUCCAGGGUCAGCGCAAAGCUCGCGAUCUUGGGCCACGCAGCGGUUUUAGCUUCAUCAACUGCCGACGCAAUGCAAAGCUUUUGGCUGAGGGCUUUCAGCCGCCGAAGGCUGUGCGCACCGGCACCUCCAUUGUGGGCAUCACCUAUCGGGAUGGCGUUAUCCUGGGCGCCGACACGCGAGCCACCGAGGGUCCCAUUGUGUCCGACAAGAACUGCUCCAAGAUUCACCACUUGCAGCAGCACAUCUACUGCUGUGGCGCUGGCACUGCGGCCGACACCGAAAUGAUGACCAUGUUGACCUCAUCCGAGCUGGAUCUGCACCAGCUGAACACGGACCGACAGGUGCCGGUGGUGUGUGCCAGCAUAAUGCUGCGCCGCACCCUCUUCCGCUACCAGGGGCACAUCGGGGCCGCAUUGGUCAUGGGCGGCGUGGACAGGAGGGGGCCGCAGAUCUACUGCAUCUAUCCGUGCGGCUCCAACGACAAGCUGCCGUACGCGGCCAUGGGAUCGGGCACACUGGCCGCCAUGUCCGUGCUGGAGCAUGGCUGGAAGCCGGAUCUCGACCAGGAGCAGGCCAAGCAGCUGGUGCGCGAGGCCAUCACGGCGGGCGUCCUCAAUGACCUGGGCUCCGGCUCGAACAUCGAUCUGUGUGUGAUCACCGAGGCGGGCGCCAACUACCUGCGCACGGACACAGUCGCCAGCGAGCGGGGCGAGCGGCAGGGCAAGUACUGCAUCAAGCCGAACACCACGCUGGUGAAGUCCACCUCCGUGCGGGGCAUCCGCGUAGCCGCAGAGCGCUCCUAUCGCGUGUCCAUGUCCUCCUCCCGUUUGAUUUUCUACUCCGACCUGAACCUGAGCGCCAGCUCGUGGCCCACACACACUGAUCCCGAGAACGUUGAGCUGCCGGGAAUAUCUGCCCAAAGCGAGCAGCAGCAGGAGUCGGAGGGAGCAACUGAAAGGAAGAGGCAAGCGGAUGACCAAUAAGAACCAUCAAAUCGGAAGAAGAUUCUCAACAAAUUAUUCGUUUUCACACAAUUUAUAAAUAUGCAAGUACAUAUGUACAUAUGCUC